AUGUGCAAAAUGUCAAUUGGGAUUGUUCUGUUUUGUUGGAUUUUGGUUGUGACUGAAUCAACGGAACGUAGUCGAGGCGCAUUGGGACCGCGUGUUUUUACUUUUGUCCAUGGUGAUGAUAAGGCAAAAUUGGAUUUUGCAAGUGCUGACGAGUACUGCAAACGCACUGUGGGACAGGGAAAAUCUGCUUUUGGUGAUACUGGCUUUAUCGAAGAACCGGUCAUGUUCGAAGAAGGUGGAGAUCGCAUACACCGAUGGUCAAAUCAUUCACAUAACGCGGAUCUGGUAUUAGAGACACGAUUGGCAUCAGUUCAUUCCUAUCCGGAAACCUUGGCACUCGUCAAAUGGGUUUCCAAACAGGAGAAGCACUCAUUCUGGAUUGGCGGUACGGUGAGUAAAACGUUAAACGAGUACAUGCGUCCAAUAUGUGUGCUUCAAUGGACUGAUGGUAGUCGAAGCGAUUUUAGCCUCCUGCGAUUGCCCAAUGAGGAACUGUCCAAUAUGCGUGUGGGCGAACAGCGUUGUAUUUCUGUGGACUAUCUCUCGGGUCAGUGGGGUGUUCAUCCGUGCACAGAGAAGCGCUACUUUGUUUGCCUUACUGUUCCAGUUCUAAAAUCCGCUUCAGAUACGGAACCGAAGGUGACUGAGAAGCAAAACGAAUUGAGUCGGACAACUAAACCCGUCGUCUCCAUGUACGAACCAUGGACUGUUCGACAUAGCACUCAACAGAAAGCUCCAGAGCAGCCACACCAUCGAAUGACAGCUGAAGAGUUAAGAAAGUUGCUAUCUUGA